AUGGAUAGGCCGAAGCGUGCCAAACAAGGGAAGCCGGCGGAGAAGUAUGGUUUGUGGGUGGAAACAGCCAGUAGUGUUUCGGAGAUCACCGCGACCAGUCGCCGGUCCGCUGGGAGUGCUCAGGCACAAGCUGAAGUGGACAAGCUGAAGGCUGAGCUUCAGGCAGCGGAGGAUGUGGCUCAGUUGGAGCGAGACGCAGAGGCGAAGGAACUUGCCCGGCAGAGAGAGCUUGUGGAUAAGCGUCUGGCUUUGGAGAAGGCUGAAGCCGUGUUGGUGGAGAUCACGGCAUCGUCUCAGCCCAGGAGCCGUGGCAGUAGUGUAGUGGGUUCCAAAGCGAACAGUGUGACGGGAGCGACCAAUGUUGCAGCAGAACACCCAAAGCGAAAGGUGCUGACGGUGGAGGCUCUUGCUGCCUUGGAGAAGCGCAAUCCGCCUGUUCGGAAGUUUGCAACCCUAAGCGAGUGCAUGGACGAGUUGGACAUUGAGCAGCGCAGCUACAGGAGUCUGGGAAGGAAGCCCUUGAAUCCAAUGCGACCGAUCCGACCGCUUCAAUCGAGUCCAGUGGAAGUCGUAGCCUUGGACCAGAACUCUGACGACUCUGACGACUAUGAGUAUGAUGAGCAGAGUAGCGCAGGUGAGCUGAGCCAUGACGGCAGUUCAGCAGUUUCAGCUGCGGUCCAGCUCGCAGGCACAGGAGUGGGCACAGUUGCCAGCUCACCCAUUCAUCCUGCCAGUGGAGGUGCGAACAGACUUCCCCCAAGACUGACACCUAUCCGCACUGUAGCAAGUGAUGUGCAUCCAAGCAUAGCAAAUGCAGCAUCCAGUAUGAGACCUCAGCCUGUUGUCACAGGUCCUGUGAGCAGUGCUCUAUGGAAAGCUCCAGUGGCAGUGCCCACUCAGCCAAAGCAACCAGUCUUAACUGCUGGACCUAUCACAGUCCAGUCAAGUCUUGCUGCAGUUCCUGCUGCUGUUCAGCAGCCCAAGCAGCCUACAGCUUCGAAGCCCAGGGUGCCUGCGGCAUGUCAGACACUGUUGGCUAGUGCUCCAGCAUUCCAGCCAAUGGGAACGCGGAGCAAGGUUCGUCUAGCACCACCUCCACCAGAGUAUCUUGGUGCACCACCUGCUGAAGGCCAGUCUACACACCCCGGCCCGGAGGUGCAGUCAGCACAGUCGUACGCGAUUCCGUAUGUGGAGGCACCAGCAAUCAGAAGCCCUUGGUCUCGCCACCACCUAAAGCCACUGGAACUGCCAAAGUUCAGUGGGAAGGACAAGGACUUCGGCCGAUGGAGGCAGCGUUUCAAACAGCUCGUGGAAGAGGACACGUACAUGUCGGACGACCACAAGUUUGCCCGUCUGCGGGAAGCCUUGGCAGGCGGCGAAGCGGAAGAUCUCGUUGCCGACAUCGUCCACGGCCCAGGCGCUUACAAGUCCGCACUGCAAGAGCUUGACGCAUGGUACGGGGGCCCAGUCCGAGAUAUCGUGCGCUAUGAGAGAGAGCUGCUAGCCGUUCCCCGCAUUGUCAGUGAGCGGGACCUAGAUCAGCUGAAGUCGUUCGCGCUCAGGCUGCGGAACACCCUCAUCAACUUGAACACCGCUGGACUUACACCAGGCAGAGAACUCUACCUCAGUGUAACCCAGAAGGUGCCAAAGCCUGUCCUGAUCCGCUUUUUGGAGCGACACGAUGACUCGCUAUGCGACAUUCAUGGGUUCGCAGACUUCCUGUUAAGGCGUGUCAUGUGCCUCAAGCAGGUAGAAGAGCGUGCUGCCAAUCCCGAGCCUCCCCAGUGGUGCACCGAGAAGCGCCAACAAGGCCCAGGAAAGCCAUUCCACAAGCGUACUGAGCGCACACUUGUUGCCACCGAGUCGUCGACCGUCAGCUGCGUGUCCUGCCGCGGAGGGCAUCAGCUGGCAUCUUGCCCACAAUUCAAGCAGCUCUCCCUGCACGAACGGUGGGAGUUUGUGAAGCCGUUGACCAUUUGCAUCUGCUGUUUCAAGCCCGGCCACAAAGGCAAAGACUGCCGACAACCGAGGUGCCGGUUCUGUAACAAGCCGCACCAUGAGCUUCUCCACUACCAGAAGUCAAUCGCCAAGCAACCAGUGCAGUCUGCAAAAAGAGCACCAUGUGCCAACACAGCCCAAGGCAGAGUUGAGAAGGCGCAGAGUGCCUGCAGCGUGACCGCCACGAGUUCUUCGUCACGUGACCAGACCACUGCAUUCAUGACAGUGGCAGCCACCAUCAACGGGCCAAACGGGCCAUCCCAGGCAACGGUGUUCCUCGACAGCGGAUCGUCGUGCAGCUUCAUCAGCGCAGACCUCGUUGAACGUCUGGCGCUGCCUGUGAAGUUCGGAUCCCUCGAGACUUCUGUCCUCGGCGGCGAGAAGCUGUGCCCUAUCAACCAGUACGCAACGGUUGAGCUGAGUCAUUCUGAUGGAUCAGGAACCAGUGAGUUCUCGGCUUGGGUCUUGCCGAAGAUCAUGAACCCCAUCACUACCAUCAACUGGACAGAGCAACAAGGAUGUUGGCCGCACCUCACUGACGUGCCACUCCCCAAAGUGCCCGAAGCAGCUCCCGUAGGCCUGCUGGUCGGCCUCAAUGCGCCCUGGCUCCACACGUCUCUGGAAGAGAGGUUUGCCAACGAGGGAGGUCCCAUUGCAAGGAAGACACUCCUUGGCUGGGUGGUGUUUGGUUCUGUGUCUGCCCACACCGCCGGCGAGUUUGACGACCGUUCGCUAGUGGCAACCUCUGAUGAUCCGCUCACAGAAGUUGUCAGCAAGUUCUGGCAAUUGGAGAGUGUCGGCAUGGAGACCACCAGCUCCGACUACCUAACCCCUGACGAGCGUGCAGCAGACGACAUGACGAAGCGGAGCCUUCACCACAAUGGCACCAGAUUUGUCGUCGGGAUCCCGUGGCGGAGUGGUGCAGAUCAGCCAGAGUUACGUCAAGACUCGCGGCAGUGCGCUGAGCAACGGCUCAAGUCCCUACAUCGCAUCCUUGAGCGGAAACCCGAGGUUCGUCUGCAGUACGCUGAGGUGCUCAAGAAGUACCUGGAGCGUGGGUACAUUCGAUCAGUCCUGCCCACAGAGGUGGAAGAUGCCGGAACCGACCAAUGGUUUCUCCCGCAUUUCCCCGUCAUCCGCAACGACAAGUCAACGACAAAGGUCCGAAUCGUAUUCGACGGUUCUGCGAAGGUCAUGGGUGACAGCAUCAACGACCGCAUGCACGCUGGACAAAAGCUGCAGAGUGACCUGGUCAAGGUCCUGCUGCGCUUCUGCCAUCACCCUAUCGCCCUCACUGCCGACAUCUCGGAGAUGUUUCUCCAAGUUGAGCUCCGUGACAAUGACCGGAAGUACCACCGGUUCGUCUGGAGUGAGUCUCCUCACCACCCACUCGUAUUCUUCGAGUUCUGCCGCGUUGUCUUCGGCAUGAGAGCGUCCCCGUACUUGGUAGGCCGAGCGCUACAAGCAACGGCGGAGACCUUUGCAGAUACUGCCGGUCCCGAGGCGAUCAACGCCGUUCGAGACAACUUCUACGUUGACGACCUGUUGAUGUCGACAGCUACUGAAGCAUCAGCUAUAGUUGCCCGAGAGGAUCUCCAGGAAAUCACCACGCGCGGUGGAUUCCACCUACGGAAGUGGCUCAGCAAUUCACCGGCUGUGCUUAAGUCCAUCCCAGAGGCAGACCUCUCGGAUGAGGAGCUGCAUACGGCGCUGGUACACGCGGAGGGUCUCAUCAACAGUCGACCACUAACCGUCAUCUCCUCUGAUCCGAAUGAUCUUCGGCCCCUGACGCCGCAGCACUUCCUCGUGGGCCACGCAGACACCACACUGGCCGCAGAGUUGGGUGUCCAGCCAGCAGACACGGUCCAUCCUCGUCGCCGCUGGAUGUACGUGCAACGCAUCGUUGCGGAGGUCUGGGCACGAUGGGUGAAGGAGAUCGUGCCGAAGCUCAAUUUGCAAGUGAAGUGGUUUUUCAGCAGCAGCGGAACGUGGAAGUUGGUGACAUCGUCAUGGUCAUGGACGACAAUGUCCCACGAGCACAUUGGCCACUCGCUAGAAUUACGGCAACCUACCCAUGUAAGGAUGACGUUGUCCGUGUGGUGGGGGUCAACAUCCAGGGCAAGGUCUUAA